UUUCAUGCAACUUUUGUCUUGAAAUAAAUAAAUUACAAUAAAUUAUCAUUUCACCCACCUUGUACCUUUUUGAACAUUUGUUAGAGGGAAAUUGUACCAUGUCGUCAGUUAAACUUGAAAUGAAAAUGUCAUUGUUUUAAAAGGAUGAUGUAAAAUGCAGUUUAGAAAUACAUUGUAAGGAAAUGUAUCUAAUGCAGCGGUUCCUAAAGUCUAUGUGACGAGUGGUGACCUCAUUUCCUGGCAAUAGUUUUGUUUAGGCGGGAUUACAAACUGAAUCCCCGGUCUUCAGUAGUAGUAGCAGCUUGUAUCCUACGUUUGCAUAGGUCUUUCAAUGUCUAUACGUUUGUCUCUUAUAUACUGAAAUGCUUUUUCUGUACUAAAACACUCCGCAGCCAGUAGCCUAACGCACCUUCUUAUCAGUCAAAAGUUGCUUAACAUUAACAACAGCAAUCGAGCAAUGGAUGUUUCCUGGCAACGGUAUCUCAACUGAUUAGCAAAUUGUCGAGCGAAGAAUCAACUGUGAUUUCUUUUUCAUUGUUUUAACUUGCCUAAUUGUCUCAUGGCAUGUCAAUAGCUGGUAUUACAAUUUUUAAAUUUUACACCGAUUUAAUAGCACCGAGCAAAGCUAUUUUUUGCUGAUUUUGGUUCACCCAUCCUAGUUGCAGUAAAGUCAUGUGACAUUCCGAUAGCAGUUAUUCGUGCUGUCACAUAUCGCCAAAUAUGCAACUUUUAAUAGAGCACGAAUCAAACUCUGGAGCAGUGAUUGAACUUUCUUGCCCAUGGCGUCAUCGACAGAGAAAAAAACGUAUGCUUCCCCACUAGAAACUGGACGAAUCACGGAUUUUUUCACACCUUUCAGAGUGACUACAGGGAGUGAGGUUACACCCCGUACCUCAGGUGUUAAACCUCAAAAGCUCAAACGACUCAGAAAGGCUGGUGGAGUCGACAAAUCCAAAAAGAAGCACAACUCUGGUUCUUCGGAAGUCACUGUAAACACCACGUCUAGUUGCUCCGAGGAAAUCAUAUAUAGACCCAAGCCCUCAACAGAGAAGUAUGUGGAUUUCGUUAGCUGUGAUGCGGGCCCACCUGUGACAAGAGAACCAUCACUCUCGACUGAAGUGAAGAACCUCCGGAAAUGCCACCUGCAGAACUCUCACUCAUCUCAGGUCCUGGGAAGUAGUUCAUCUUCGGGAGAAUCAAAAGACAGACAGUGCACUAAAAACAUCUAUUCAAAGCCUAUUCCAGCCAAAAGGACGCCUGAAUCUCUUCUCCCUCAGACAUUGGGCUGGAGAAAGAUCAACCGGCCUGUGGAGGUGGAGACAACUGAUGAUGGCCCCUUAUCUGAUCCCUGCCAGGGCAAGCAGAAGCAGCACCUCUCUCAUCUCUUUGGGCCAGGUGUGAAGUCCACUCAGAAUCAGUCUUACACAUCAUGUUGCCAAGGCAUUACUUUACUUCAUAAGGAACAGGUUGAUGAAGCACAUAUACCUCGGAGAAACCACAGGCCAAAGAAAGCUGAGAAGUUAGACCCUCACGCCGUAGACAGUGUUGAUCCACUACCAGCACUGAGUGCACUUCAACCUGGGGGACAUGUAUUACAAAAAUCUCACGAUAAUUUGCUAUGGAGUCUUCCUUGGCCAACUUCUCCGCUGUUGAAGAACCUGAGGGGAUCGUUUCCUGUGUGUUCCUCCAGUGGACCAUAUCACCCUCUCUGUGACUCUAUCACAACUCCGUCCACUCCACAAAUGGACAGACAGAGGAGAUCUGGAUGGAGAGAGAACCUGUCAGAGGACAUCCUCAAGCACCUGUUGGAGGAAAUGAAAGUUGCCAACCCUCCCUUCCCAGUGCAAAGGUUCUUCACUGCGCUCUCAAGAAAGCGUUUAGAGCAUGAAAAAGCAUUGGCCAAUCAAGAGGGAAGCACAUGCAAUCCUAGAGUGCCUGACGACCACUGCUUGAGGGGCAAGAGAAAAUGGAGGCUGGAGGGACUAACUCAAGGCAUAUCACCCAAGCGGCGCCGGCCCAACCAAAGGCCCGAGGAGAAAGCAGCUGUUGAGCCUGGCUCUCCCGCUGGACCUUCACCGGCCUCAUCAGGUCACACUCCUAGGAGGCUGGGGCAUCUGAGCAGGCUGAGUCGGACAAGAAGGCGUAGACAACAGCAGGAGAGUGCAAGCCCUUCUGUGGCAUCUAAUGUAACACUGAAUCUACGGGAAAAUGCAGGAAACGACAUUGAAAAUACAGCUAAGAAAUGUCAUGAUCAAGGAUUUUUGAAUUGUUCUUCUGGCUCAGAAGGUCUGUGGGAUGACGUCUUGUGGACUGAAAAAUACCAGCCUCAGCACUCCACUGAGGUUGUAGGGAAUCCUGCAGGAGUGAAGAAACUGCACAACUGGUUAAAGGAGUGGAAGCUGAGAGCAGACAAGGAGGAGUGGAGGAGGAGGAGGAAGGAGGAAAUGCGAAGGGGAAAGAGUAAAGAGUCGUGGGACAGUGGGGACUUUGAGGGUGAGGUGGUUUUCGAGGACUGUGAACCGGAGCUGUGCACCGCUCUACUCAUUACUGGCCCACACGGCAUUGGCAAGACUGCGGCCGUUUACGCCUGUGCCCAGGAGCUGGGCUUCAAGGUGUUUGAGGUGAAUGCGUCUUCCCAGCGCAGUGGGCAUCUCCUCCUCACCCAGCUGAAGGAGGCCACCCAGUCCCAUCAGGUGGGCACCUCUUCCUCAACAACCGCCGCCACGCUAAAGCCAACCUAUUUCACCUCCCGUAGCACCGCUGGCCGCUCUGCUAAACCUGUGACUUCUCCUCGAAAGGCAAACUCGUCCAGGAAGGUCAUGACGUCGAGCCGAAGGCUGCCAUCAACCUUGCGUAAGAGUUCUCUGAGGAGAGGUCACUCGGCCUCUGUGGACCUGACUCACUUCUUCCAGAGAAGGAGCAAGCCUGAGAGCACCAAUCAGAGCUGUCCUAAUCACAUACAACAUGGUGCUCACACUGUGGAACCAACCAGUGAGAGGAGUGAAGAGAAAAGCAGCCCAGGCAAACAGGAAGGAGAUGAUGAUGAUGAUGAUGAUAAUCACUCUUGGACUAGGACUGGCAAAUCAACACUAAUGUCUCUCAUUUUGUUUGAGGAGGUUGAUGUUAUCUUCAGUGAAGAUGUAGGAUUUCUCUCAGCUAUUAAGACCUUCAUGUCCACAACCAAAAGGCCUGUAGUACUGACAACCACUGAUCCUUUGUUUGGUGAAACAUUUGAUGGCCACUUGAAAGAGCUCCAUUUUAAGAAGCCCUCUGUGAAGGUUGUUUGUAGCUACCUGCAGUUGGUGUGUUUGGUGGAGAAAGUGAGGACGGACCCUCGGGACAUGUCCUCCCUGCCGGCGGCACAGAAAGGGGACGUCAGGCAGUGUCUGCUCCAGCUCCAGUUCUGGGUGGGAAGUGGAGGGGGGGCUGCUGCUGCUCCCCCAGCGCUGAGCCAUCCUGUGCUGACUAGGGGUCUUCCAUGUGUGAGGAGGACGUCGGCACAAGCUCAGGAGGAAUCUGCCGAGAGGUCGAAACAGCCCACUGAUCUACCUGCAUGUGAUGCUGACUGCUCAGGAACUCCGCGGGAGUUUCUGGACACUGGGGCAGUACAUGAGCUAGCAAGGAUGUUUAAAGUUCAUACCUGGACCCCGUCUGAGAACAGCAGAUGUUCAGAAGUUCUGUCAGAAAGCCAGCGAAGAGGAGUGGAUCUACUUUAUUUGAACAUGGAGGCACUCCUACCUCUGCCGCCCAUAGUCUCACCUGACCCUGGAGACUACCUGAAGGAAGCUUCAAACUCUGCGCUGCAUGGAGACAUCAAGGCCAAAGAACUUCCAGAGCCUUCCGCGGUUGUUAAACCCCUGGUAGGGAGGCUGGCCUCCAAGCCAAGGAAAAGGCGCUGUCUGUCUCUGAAAGGAAUGCAGAGGUCCAAACCGAACUCUCCAGAGAAGACGGAGGAACGGAGGCACCAUACCGACCAAUCAGAGGGGAGGACCGUGAGACUCUCAGCAGAGAAGAAAGCUUCUAGUUCAGUGUCUCGCUGCUUGGACAGCCUCACGGGAUUCCUGGACGACUUGUCCUUCCUGGAUUGUUUCCUGCAGGAUGGGCACGUGAAGAGAACAGGCCACUGUACACCCGGCCUGCGAUUGGUCAGAACUAGAGCGGAGGUGAAGGAUGGUAUGCUGGAUGAACCAAGCGAGGAGCAGCAGGAGGAGGAGAAGGAGCAGAUCUGGGGGCGCGGGGCCUCUGACAUGAGGGCUGCCGUGGAGGGCAUGAGCUUUAGGGGAUGCUGUCUGGAGAUGGAGCAGUCCUUGGCAAAGGUCCAAGAGCUAGGAAAGGAGAUGCGGGCAGAUCAGUGGAAGCAGGUGCUGGAGCAGCUCACCUUACCUCCACCUCCCCACAGAGAUGGCCUCCUCUCGAGUCAGACUAGUCUCAGUGAAACAACUGUUGUUGAAAGGCGAGCUGACAUCAUUAAGACAGUACUCGCCAGCAAAGCUUUCAGCCGACUGGGAGGCAUCCCAGCUGUAAUCACCGACUACCUGCCCUGUCUGCGCACCAUCUGCAGGUCAGAGAGCCAACAGGACAAGGCUAAGCACAGGUUCCAACACUAUCUGAAAAGUAUCCACACUGGACUCUCCAAAGGCACCCUGCAGCAGCUCUCCACUGAUUUCCCUUGAUAGCGCAGGGGAACACGACACACCUACCUCAGAGCAUUCUUCACAUUUGCAUGGUCAUGUGUUACAGGUUGUAUAGAAAUAUAUAUUGUAUAGUGGAAAAUGAAUUCC